AUGAGGAGCCGCCUCUCCCGCUGCUUCUGGCUCCUCCUGCUGUGCUACUGCUUCCUCUCCCGGCGCGCGGCGGCGGCUCCUCGCCUCCCCGUCCGAGCGGUGAACCUCGGCGGCUGGCUGGUGACGGAGGGCUGGAUCCUGCCGUCCCUCUUCGACGGCAUCCCCAACAAAGACCUCCUGGACGGCACGCAGCUGCAGUUCAAGUCGGUGACGCAGGACGGCUUUGUGGCCGCGGAGAAGGGCGGCGGCGCGGGGCUGGUGGCGAACCGGUCUCAUGCGUCUGGUUGGGAGACCUUCAAGCUAUGGCGGAUCAACGAGACGACCUUCAAUUUGAAGGUGUUCGGCAACCAGUUCGUCGGCGUACAGAGCGACGGCUCAGUGGUGGCCACGGCGACGUCGCCGGGAAAGUCGGAGACGUUCCGGUUAGUGCGCAACGCCGGCCAGAACAGGAUGCGGAUUAUGGCGGCAAACGGGCUCUUCUUGCAGGUAAGAUUAAAUAAAAUAUACGUCCCUCACUAUUCAUAUUUGCCAAACAGAGCCAACGUGCGUGAUGUGUCCGGACGCAUCUGA